GCUGGCAGAGGCUGUCGGCCGCCUUGCUCACAAUCCCAAUGGCUCCCGACCCCAGCGGAUGCCUCCGCCUUCUGCUUCUUGCCUGCUGCCUCGCGCCAGCCUGGGCCACUCUGCUGCCCCUGGACUGGCUCUGGUCCCCGAAGAUCAGUGACUCCACAGCCGCGCCGGUCUCCCGGCCCCAAGGCCACCCGUCCCCGCAGCCCACGGAGGCUGCCUCCACGCACGUGGCCUCCCAGCGUGGCCCCACGGAGCCGAGGACAGCCCUUGCCAGCACCCGGCCGGCCUCAGAGGAGCAGGCGACCACCUGGAGCGAGACCCCUGCUGCUCGUGUCACCCGCACGCCCCUGGCUCCCCCUGCCGAGAGCUGGGACGCGAAGGAGGAGAACAUCGCAGGCGUUGGUGCCAAGAUCCUGAAUGUGGCCCAGGGCAUUCGGAACUUCGUCCAGCUGUGGGACGAUGCUGCCGUGGAGACACCCACCACCUCCACCCCCAUGGACGUGCACCCCCUUGCCCGACCCUCUAGUGACCCCCAGGACAGCGGGGCCACUCUCCGGCCCAGUCAUGGAGCCCCAACUGUUCUGGGCACCCAGACGGCCGAGGCCAGUGCCCUGGCUGUGCCCACCCAGCCACCUCCAUCCCUGGGUAGGUCUUUGGCACCGCUGAGGGGAUCCUCUGUGUCACCUCUGUCCCCAGGUAGAGCUUCUCUCUCUUCUGCACCCAGCAGGGCCCCUCCCUGGGGGCAGCCCCAGGACCUGGGCUCGGCAGCUGGUCCUCGCCGGCGGCAUGGACGUCCUGACUUCCGCUGGGCGCCUUCUCUGGUGAUGGGUGCGCCCUCUGCUCUCUCCUCCGGCCCCUCGGCCUGGCUCUCUCUGGUGGCUUUGGAACCUUUCCCUGGGGACGGCGGUGCUUGGGUCUCUCUCGUGGCUUCUUCCAACCGCUCUGCGCUGCUGGGGCUCGGCCCCCCGACACCCGACGGCCGCUGCCUGCCCCUGACGCCCGCCUUGCCCGCCUGCAGCCGCCUGGGCAUUGGGCAUUCCUGGCUGCCCAACCACCUGCGCCACAGGAGCAGCGAGGAGGUGCAGGCAGCCGCGCAGGCCUGGGGGAGCCUCCUGCGGGCGCACUGCCACCCCUUCCUUGCCUGGUUCUUCUGCCUGCUGCUGGCGCCCCCCUGCGGCCCCGGCCCGCCGGCCCCCCUGCCGCCCUGCCGCCAGUUCUGUGAGGCCGUGGAGGAUGCGUGCUGGAGCCGCCUGGACGGGGCCCGGCUGCCUGUGGCCUGUGACACACUGCGCGCCCAGGAGGAUGGGCUCUGUGUGCUCAUUGGGCCAGCAGCAGAGAGCACCAGCCAGGAGGUGGGGCUGCUGCAACUCCUUGGGGAGCCCCUGCCCCAGCAGGUCACGGCCGUCAGCGACCCCGAAGUCGGGCCAGCCUACGUCUUCGGACCGGAUGCCAACAGUGGCCAGGUGGCCAGGCACCAUGUGCCCAGCCCCUUCUUCCGUGACUUCUCGCUGCUGCUCCACGUGCGGCCAGACACGGAGAGCGCGGGCGUGCUGCUCGCCAUCACAGACGGGGCGCAGGCGGCUGUGGCCCUGGGCGUGAAGCUCUCGGAGGUGCAGGACCAGCACCAGAACAUCUCGCUGCUCUACACGGAGCCGGGCACCAGCCAGACCCGCACGGCCGCCAGCUUCCGCCUGCCUGCCUUCGUGGGCCAGUGGACCCGCUUUGCACUCAGUGUGGAUGGUGGCUCGGUGGCACUCUACGUGGACUGUGAGGAGUUCCAGAGGCUGCCGUUCGCGCGGUCCCCACGGGGCCUGGAGCUGGAGCCCGGCGCUGGCCUCUUCGUGGGCCAGGCGGGAGGCGCAGACCCCGACAAGUUCCAGGGCGCGAUCGCCGAGCUGUGGGUGCGUGGGGACCCCCGGGUGAGCCCCGUGCACUGCGUGGACGAGGAGGACGAGGACGAGGAUGGGGCAUCUGGCGACCUGGGCAGUGGCCUGGAGGAGCCCCGAGAGCUUCACAGGGAGGACGUGGUGGCGACCCAGACGCCCGGCCUCCGCCCGCCUCCCCCUGUGACUUCUCCUCCUCUGGCCACGGGCGGCAGCUUGGAAGACACCAGGACGGAGGAGAUUGAGGCCCAGACCACGGCAACCUCGUUAGGGCAUGAAGCUCUUCCGGGUAAGACCCUUCCAGGUGACACGUGGGACGAGAGUGCCCCAAGCAUGGGGCACCGCCUGGAGAAGGGAGGCCUGAAGGGGCAGAAGGGGGAGCCAGGAGCGCAGGGGCCACCCGGCCCAGUUGGUCCCCAGGGCCCCGCAGGCCCCGUGAUGCAAGGCCCAGACACACACCCUGUCCCUGGGGCUCAGGGGCCCCCAGGACGCCCUGGUCCCCCAGGAAAGGACGGUGCCCCAGGAAGGGAUGGCGAGCCGGGUGACCCAGGCGAGGACGGAAGACCCGGGGAUGCUGGGCCGCAAGGCUUCCCGGGGACCCCGGGGGAUGUGGGCCCCAAGGGGGAGAAGGGAGAUCCAGGAGUUGGGCCAAGAGGACCCCCAGGGCCCCAAGGGCCUCCAGGGCCACCAGGACCGUCCUUCAGGCACGACAAGCUGACCUUCAUCGACAUGGAGGGGUCCGGCUUCAGCGGCGACUUGGAGACCCUCAGGGGGCCGAGAGGCUUCCCUGGGCCCCCUGGCCCCCCUGGAGUCCCAGGCCUGCCCGGUGAGCCCGGCCACUUUGGGGUGAACAGCUCCCAUGUUCCCGGACCCCCAGGCCUCCCUGGCGUACCUGGGAAGGACGGCUCCCCAGGGUUUCCUGGGCCCCCGGGCCCUCCAGGCCCUCCAGGAAGAGACGGUCCUCCAGGGAAAGCGGGCCAGAAAGGCAGCCUGGGCGACAUGGGAGCCCCCGGGCCCAAGGGCAGCAAGGGAGACCCGGGCCCUGUGGGUGAUCCCGGGGAGAUUGGCUUCACAGGAGCCCCUGGACCUGCUGGGCCCCCAGGACCCCCAGGACCUCCUGGGCCACCCGGACCGGGACCCGCCGCAGGAUUUGAUGACAUGGAAGGCUCGGGGGCCCCCUUCUGGUCGACAGCCAGAGGCUCUGCAGGGCUACAGGGACCGCCCGGCCCGCCAGGACUCAAGGGUGACACCGGCCUGCCUGGGCCUCCCGGAGACAAAGGAGAAGUCGGAGCAGAGGGAGCUCGUGGGUUCCCCGGCCUCCCAGGCGGUGAGGGCGCAGCUGGGCCCAUGGGACCCAAAGGAGAGAAAGGGAGCCUGGGAGAAAAAGGCGACCCUGGGAAGGACGGCGUGGGACAGCCUGGCCUCCCCGGGCCCCCAGGACCCCCGGGGCCUGUGGUCUAUGUGUCGGAUCAGGACCGAGCACUGGCCAGCGUGCCGGGUCCUGAGGGCAGGCUGGGCUUCGCGGGCUUCCCCGGACCGGCCGGGCCAAAGGGCGACGAGGGCUCCAAAGGCGCACAGGGCUCCCCAGGACCCAAGGGUGAGAAGGGGGAGCCAGGUGGCGUCUUCAGCCCCGACGGCAGAGCUCUGGGUCUUGGGCAUAAGGGAGCCAAGGGGGAGCCUGGCUUCCGUGGACCCCCGGGGCCGUAUGGGAGGCCUGGGCACAAGGGAGAGAUCGGCUUUCCUGGGCGGCCGGGUCGCCCCGGGAUGAAUGGGCUGAAGGGCGAGAAGGGGGAGCCCGGAGAUGUCAGCCUCGGAUUUGGCAUGAGGGGCAUGCCCGGCCCCCCAGGACCUCCAGGGCCCCCUGGCCCCCCCGGGACACCCAUCUAUGACAGCAAUGCAUUCGUGGAGUCCGGCCGUCCUGGAACUCCGGGAGCACAAGGGCUGCCAGGGCCUUCUGGACCGAAGGGUGAAAAAGGAGAUGUGGGCCAGCCCGGACCACCAGGGCAGUUCCCCUUGGACCUCUUCAGCCUGGGAGCUGAACUGAAGGGCGAGAAGGGGGAGCGUGGGGACGCCGGACCGAAGGGCGAGAGGGGAGCGCCCGGGGCCAGCGGCGGCUUCUUCGGCUCCAGUGUGCCUGGCCCUCCCGGCCCACCAGGGUACCCUGGGAUCCCGGGACCCAAGGGAGAGAGCAUCCGGGGCCCACCUGGCCCACCUGGCCCUCAGGGACCUCCUGGCAUUGGCUAUGAGGGGCGCCAGGGCCCCCCUGGGCCUCCAGGGCCCCCCGGACCUCCCUCAUUUCCUGGCCCGCACAGGCAGACUGUCAGCAUUCCAGGUCCCCCUGGCCCUCCUGGCCCCCCAGGGCCCCCAGGGACCAUGGGCACCUCCUCAGGGGUGAGGGCCUGGGCCACCUACGAGACCAUGCUGGAGAAGGUGCGCGAGGUGCCACAGGGCUGGCUCAUCUUCGUGGCCGAGGACGAGGAGCUCUACGUCCGCGUCCGAGACGGGGUCCGCAAGGUCCUGCUGGAGGCCCGGAUGCCACUCCCUCGAGAGCCGGACAAUGAGGUAGCCGCCCUGCAGCCCCCGCUGGUGCAGCUGCAUGGGGGUGGCCCAUACCCACGGCGGGAGCACUCCUCCACUGCACGGCCCUGGCGGGCAGACGACAUCCUGGCCAGCCCCCCACGGCUGCCGAACCCCCAGCCCUACCCUGGAGUUCCACACCACCAUGGCGCCUAUGUGCAUCUCCAGCCCACCAACCCAACCGGCUCCGCAGCCCACCCCCACCAUGACUUCCAGCCCGUGCUCCACCUGGUGGCGCUCAACAGCCCGCUGCCGGGUGGCAUGCGCGGCAUCCGUGGGGCCGACUUCCAGUGCUUCCAGCAGGCGCGAGCCGUGGGGCUGAGCGGCACCUUCCGCGCCUUCCUGUCCUCACGGCUGCAGGACCUCUACAGCAUUGUGCGGCGUGCAGACCGAGGGGCUGUGCCCAUCGUCAACCUCAAGGACGAGAUGCUGUCUCCUAGCUGGGAGGCCCUGUUCUCAGGUUCCCGGGGCCAGCUGAAGCCUGGGGCCCGCAUCUUCUCCUUCGAUGGCAGGGACGUCCUGAGGCACUCGGCCUGGCCCCAGAAGACCGUGUGGCAUGGCUCUGACCCCAGCGGGCGCCGGCUGACUGAGAGCUACUGUGAGACAUGGCGGACAGACGCAGCGGCGGCCACGGGCCAGGCCUCCUCGCUGCUGGCAGGCAGGCUGCUGGAGCAGAACGCUGCGAGCUGCCACAAUGCCUACAUCGUCCUCUGCAUCGAGAACAGUUUCAUGACGCCCUCCAAGUAGGGCCCUGCGGCUGGACGGAGGCAGUCUGAGGACAGGCACAGGCAGGGAGCAGCCAGCCGGCCUAGGGCCUGGCAGGAUGCCUUUGUGUAGUUCACAUUUCAUAUAAUCUCGAGAAAUAAAAGGAAGCCAAAGAGUGUAUUUUUUUAAAAGUUUAGAGCAGCCUGAUGCCUGGAUGUCCCUGCUCCUGCCCUCCGCACCAUGCUGGCCAGCGGUGACAUGGCACUGGCCUCUGCCUGAGCCACAUCCGACCACAGCAAAAGGCUGGACUUCAGCAAAGGUGUGCGGCAGGACACGGCUGAGACUAGCAUGCGCCUUGGCAGGCAGGCUCCUGUGGGAAGGGCCUGGCACCCUGGCAGGUGUGCAGUUUCCUGCCCGGUCCCUCUACCCACAGAGACACCAGCCAUGGGAGGUGCUGGAGGCCGAGCCCAGUCAGCACGGAGCCCCUGGCUGCCGUUGCCAGCUGCUGGCUGUGCCAGGCGCACGUUCGCCCACAGGGAGACUGGCCACACACCGGGCUGGGGCAGACCCCCGCCCUGGCCUCCCCUGCUGCAGGGACCCCGUGCCCCACAGGUGCAGGCUCCAGCUCAGUGCUCACCACCGUGCCAGGCUGUGACCAGGGACACGGUGAGGCCUGCUAUGGCCUGCCCACUGCCUGUCCACUGCUUGUCCCUCCAGCCUGCCUGGGUGUAGAGGCCUUGUCAGGCCUUUCCUCAGGCUUGUAUCUCAGGUGACCCCAAGACCAGGCCAGGGCAGAGUGUGACCCUGCUGUCUGAGGAGGAGAGGUCUGUGGGUGACGAGACAGGCCACGGCAGCGUCCUGUCCCCAGCCCUUUGGCCUGCAAGUACAGAAGCCCAGAGCAUCUGUGCCGCAAGGGCUGUGUGCUCGGCCACGCUGGGCUGACCACGGCCGCUACCCCACCAUGCCCCCAGCCUCGGGAUCUGGGAUCUGUGGUCUGAGGACUGGGUCAAACCAGUGGGGCUGGUUCUGUAACUGUGGUGUGGGCCGUUUCAAAAGGACACAAAUAAAAGCCUUUUACACAGACA